AUGGAAUACCAGCAGUCCCGCCCCUACAUGAGGCCACCCCCUCCUCAUCCGCCGCCGUCUACGGCAGAUCCUUACCAAAGACCACCACCUCCGCCCAACCAGCCGUGGUCCUCUUACUCUGCCCCCCAAUUCCAUUACCAACCCCAACUCCAACACUCGCCCUCUCCUCCACCACAGUGGCCUCCGCCUCCGCCCCCGCCGCCGCCUCCAGUACACUCCUCCGACCAUAGUCAUUACCCUCCAUAUCCUGCGCACCAGCCUCCUUAUCCCGUUCAUCCUCACUACCCUCCUGCGCAUCUUCCCGCUCCUGGGCCUCCUCAUGUUCCGCAUUCCUACUCUCAGAAUUGGGAGAAUGCAAGCUGGGGUCAUCAUCAGAAUUGGGAAUACCAAGCAUAUAACAAUGAAGAAGACUGGGCCACAAAAGCUAGAGCAUGGGCAGCUGCAAAAGCUGCAACAGAAAAUCAGCUUCCUCAGUCACAGGUUACUCCACUAGGAAGACCAGAACAGCAGAAUAAGUUUCAUGAUCAAUAUUCGCCGUCUGUUGAUACUCAAUUUAUAGAUGGGCUGCAGCCUUUAGCGUCUGCAUCUAGCUAUCUACAUUAUCCAGUUGGAACUGCACCUCCACAUAGAAUUCCUCUAGGUCAAUCACAGGAGCCUUCAUUCAUCAGCUCAGGACAAUCAUCCUAUGCCAUGGACCUGCAUUUACCACCCUAUACAGCUAGAGAUGGAAACUUGUCUGGCGAUACUAUGCCAUUCACGCAGCAAGCGUCUAUUAGUUCAUUAGUCCAUCAGCAGGAGGUACCUUCUAGUUAUUCUUCCGUCGCAGGUAAAGAGGCUGGAGAUAUAAAUGGAGAGUUUAAUAGGUCUUCAUCGCUGCCUCCGGUUGCCUCAGUUACACAGCUGUAUGUCCAACCACUGACACCGGCAGUUGGUAGGUCUGGAUGGAUGGAGGAACCUCAUUAUCCACUUGGUGGCCAACAGGCAGAGUCUGCUACUGAUCUAAGCGAUCAGCCUUUGAAUUUCGCACCUCAUUUUAAUCAUAAUCAGGACCCAUAUAUGCAAUCCCGUACUCAUUCUUCAGGAGGUCCUGCAAGAACUGUGGAUCCUGUUGCAGCUAUACCUACAAAUUAUGCUUGGGCUCCAGCUGCUGCUUCUUCAGAGGGUGUUUAUCCUUCAGUGCCUCCAACUAUUCCAUCAGGACCACAGGUUGAUCAUUCAAUGGUUGUGCCUUCUCCAGCAUCUGGACAUUCUACACCAAUGUUUCCAACUGGGGUGAGUUUCCAGCCAACAGGCCCAGUAGUGGGUGCAUCUUUUGGUGUUGGCACCGGGUCUGCUCUUCAUCCUACAAUAGCUUUUAAUGGGGAUGCAUUUGGUGUUUCUGAGCGGCCUAGAAAGGCUUCGGUUCCUAAUUGGCUUAGGGAGGAAAUAAUUAAGAAUAAAGCCUCCAUCCCGAAUUCUGUCCCAGAGAUCCCUAAAGAGGAUUCCCAAUCCGUGGGAGAAGAAAUUAUUGAUGAAUCUUCUAGGAAGGGAGAUCAAGCAGACAGCAAAAGCAUUGAUUCUUCAAGAUCAACUGAAGAUGAGGAUGAGGAUGAGGAUGUGGUGGAGGCUGCUAGAUCUGCAGCUAUUAACCAGGAAAUAAAGCGUGUUCUAACCGAAGUGCUUUUGAAGGUUACUGAUGAACUUUUUGAUGAAAUUGCGACCAAAGUUUUGAAUGAAGAUGGUCUCACAGUUGAAGUUGACCACAAAACUGACUUAUCAAAUCACAAAGUAUUACCAACUACACCAGCUGGUUCAACACCCAAGGCCUCUGCGAAGGUUUUGAUUCCGGCUAAGACAAAGGAAACUGUGUCUGAGGAUGCUAUUGAAAAGUCUGCUACUGCUGGGAAUGUACUUGGUCUUGCUAAUUAUGACUCAGAUGAUGAAGAGGAGGAGAUCCAAAGUUCUGGUAAGCUGGAGUCAAAGGAAAACUCUGCACAUGAGCAAUCAAUUUCAAGCAAGAUUUUGGUAGAAACACCGGCUGUUCAGCAUGGUGGUUCGAAGGAAGAAAGUGAUGAACGUGGUAAUAUUCUCGCCAAUGAGGAGACUGAUGGUAUUGACAAAAUGAAGGCAAACACUGCUGGGGCAAAUCUCGGUGCUGCAAGUACAGAGUUGAAUGAUGAUAGGGCAGCUAGAGAGUUGGCAUCCAGUGAUAAUCAUCGCUACGAGACAGAAUCUGGAGUUGCAGAAAAUGAGAUGCAACAUGUCUAUGAUACAUCCAAGUCCAAGGAGACUGUAAUUGAAAAAGCUGUUGAGACAGUUGAAAGACAAGAUAGAAAUUCAGAUGCCAGAAAGUCAACGAGGGAUGAUUUGCCAAGCCAACAUACGAGGCAUAGGUCAGAUAAGAAUGAUAGAAGUAACAAUGAAAAGAACCAUAAAGGGAAAGACUAUGAUAGGGAGGUAGAAAGUUUCAAGGAAAGAGUGGAUAAGAAGGGAGAUGAAGACCAUAGAAGGCGUGAAGGAAGGCAUGCAAGAAAUGAAAGGACAGAUGAUCAUAAUGGCUCAAAAGAUAAAGUCAAGGGAUUAGGUAGGUCCGGGGAAAAAGUAAAAGAUUCUGAAUCAAGGAAAAGAAGCUCGCCGUCUGAUGUCAAGGAGGGUAGACAGCAAACAGAUAGAGACAAAAGAAGUAGUGGUAAAGAAGAUAAUGAAAGAAGAGAGAGGACAAAAGGUGAACCAAGGGAAAGAUCUAGGCAUAAAAAUGGAAGUGACUCUAGCAGACACAAGCAGCAUAGUUCGUCUUCUGUUGAUGGUAGGGGUAGAGAGAGCAAGGACAAAUCAGUGGUUAGUCAUGCUAGUAAUUCAAUUGAUGAGUCCACGGAUGAUUCGAAAAGGAAACUGCACCAUCCAAGAAAACGUAAAUCACCAUCACCUGUUAGGUCAAGAAAAAGACAAGUUUCGCGGUCUCCCCAUAGCAAGCAUUCUCAACGCAGGCAUUCUCCCUACUCUUCUCUUGAGACCACCAGGGGGAGGUCAAGAUCAAGAUCACCUGUUCGUCGGAAACAAUGA